AUGGCUUCCAACGUCUACUCCGCAGAGCCCGCUCAUCCAGUUCUUGCUCAGUCCUUGCUCGGUGAGCCGGGACCCACAGCGACGGACAAAGAGCGACCUACCAGGGGAUCAACGGCAAAUGACUGGAAUCUCAAGGACGACUGGGCCACAGGCAUACAAUCAUCCAGUGAUGGGAUUUUCCGCAGCGGAACUGUCAUCGGGUUCUCACGAUUAAGAACCAGAAGCAGCGACAAUGAUGAAUACAUCGGACAAAUUCCUCGUUAUCUUCUCACGACGCACCUGCGGAAGUGCUCGCCUUCAGUUGAAGCAAACAUUUUCAUAAUCUAUCCAAGCAAUUUCGAGGGCUUUGCAGCCCGGAACUUGUUCACAGACCUGCAAUCCGGCCCAUCACCUCUAUCCAAAGACGAUGCUUUGAAGAAGUUAGACUCUGUACAGCUAUUUCCAGUGUACAGCAUGCAAAAUGCUGCUCAGGCCAUCAAACAAGUCUCUGAACUAGUGCAAGAAGCCCAAGAAAGGCGACAACAAUUAGACCAGACAGCAGCUUCAAGCAAUUCCGCCAUCAUCCUUGUUGUGGCCGGCCUGGACACGUUAGCUGAAGGCGUUGUCCGGGCUUCUAAUCCAGCCAGAGGCGCAGCUGUGCUGGCGAGUACCUUGAGGAUCUUGACACGCAUGUCUCGCACACACGGCUCGUUUCUUUCCGUCAUCCUUGUCAAUACAAAUGGGCUCGGACCUCAUGUCGAGAUUGAGCAUGAGGGAUCGAAUGGACGAGCUGCUGUUGGAACUACGGAAGUAGAUGCGAAACCGACCAGUCAUGAUGGAAUCUAUUCUAUUUUUCAGCUGCCUGGAUCUUCACUCUUAUCAACUUUGUUGAUGCGGACGCUGGAUCAGGGGAUCGAUACGCACAUUUUGCUUUCUGAUGUGAAGUAUACCCGUGUGGCGGAAGUCAUUAAAGAUCGAACAGGUGCAGGACUAGGGAAAUGGGGGAUUUGGUCACCCCAUAGAUGA